AUGCCUUUCAUACCCAAGAAUAAGAAUAAAUGGGCCAAGAGCUUCAAAAUAUGGACCUCUAGCGUACGAUUCCAUCUGCAAAAAAGAGGCAGAGUGUCGCUGUUGUUUGUGAUUGCUUUGUUCCUCUUUUUGUCGUAUGGGUUGAGCUCUCUGUUCUCCGGCCAAGCUCACCAUCGUAGCAAGAUCCCACCAGUUCAUGGGCUAUACAAAAGCGAGGUUGCUUCGUCUACUCCUUUGAUCUUCCCUAGUGUGCAAUAUCAUGAUACUUUGAGAUCGCUGGGGAUCGAAAGUUUGUUCACCCUGAGAACCGAUAUCGAUGGGAACAAGCAAUAUAUCAUGAAGCCAGACGAUCCUCCAAUGACCGAGGCUGAAAGGAAGGAGUUGUCAGAAAAGAACUUGAGAAAGUUCGUCAAGAGAAACUUUUACGACCACGGUAAAUUGGUGUACAAGAACAGAGUCAACCACCCAGAAGUUGUCAUUGUUUCUUUGAUCGAUUUUGAAGGCUAUUCAGUGGACCAUCUGGUCAAGACGGUCCAAAACAAGGUCGACUACGCACAACGUCACAACUACGGUGUUUACGUCAGAUGGGCACAGGAAUUUAUUCCUCAGUUGCAGAAGCAAAGUGUAUCAGAGUCCUACGAGUUCAUAAAGCCUUUGGCCAUUAGAGCAGCCAUGAAUGCCUUCCCAUAUGCUAAAUACUUUUGGUUUGUUGACCAAAACGGUCUAAUAAUGGAUCUAGACAAGUCCUUACAACAACACUUGUUGGAACCAAAGAUUCUCGAUGCAGCCACGCUGAAAAGCGUCCCAGUCAUCGAGGGUUCUAACAUUAAAACUUACAAGCACUUCGAUUCAAGAAAUGCCAAAAUAAUAAUCCCAAAGACAGAAAAUGGUAACUUGGACACCUCAAGUUUCGUCGUGACCCCAAGUCUACAGGGCAAAGCCUUUUUAGACUACAUCAACGAUCCAUUGGUUAGAAACUACCCGUUCCCAAACAAGUUGUCCAGCACCAUUGGUCACAUGCUUGAAUGGCAUCCAAGUAUUCUACAAAGAACCGCUCUUGUAGUGCCUAAAACCAUCGCAUCCUCCUAUAAGCCAGCCACCUCACAAGAAGGUUCCGACAGUGUUUACUAUAAGGAAGGUGAUUUCGUGAUAACUUUCGCUGGGUGCGAGAUUUCCAAGUCCUGCGAGGCAGAAUUGGCAAAGUACUACGAAAAGGUAAAGUUAGAAUAG